AGACUCUAACGCACCGAGCCCUUCUCCACCUGCGUUCAGCUGGAUUUAUGAACUCUGAACGCUGGUAAAGAAAAGUGUCCUAUUCCUGACGCACUGUCUCUCAGUUUUAUGGAGCCAUUCAUUCAUCCUCUGUCAAUUUACAAGCGCGGAAUAUGCAGAGGUGGGAGAUGACAUGGACACUUCUGAAGCGUAUAUAAACCCAGGAGGAGUUUCAUUGAGGAGAAACUCCAGGCUGAAGUCGUCAGUUUUUUGUGUGUCUGUUGGUGUCAUCAUGAUGUGGAAACUCCUUCUGCUCUUUGCUUUGCUCCUCACCGUCCUCGAACCUCUGCUCGGUCACCCGGUGGUGCAGUCGGCGGAGAUGAGCUUCGGCAGGCCCGUUGUAGUAGAAGAAGAGCAGGCUCUCAGUCCAGAAGAGCUGAGUUUCUCAGAGCAGGCGUAUCUUUCCCAUGAUGCUGCGGGGUUCGGUUACCCGUCUCUCAUCAGUGGAGACAUCAGCAGUGACGGUCUCAGAACAGCAGGAUUUGUUCCCAGUCAAGCUGUAAAAGAAGCCUUGCUGGACAAACCGCUGUGGAGUCGUUUUCUGGGCAGCAGAAAGCAGUAUCACAAACGCGGCAGCAACACCGAGUGCUUCUGGAAAUACUGCGUGUGAAAUAAAAACACACACACACGCUCUCAUGCGCUUUACCUGACAUUUACAACAACUCUGAUGCACUAAACAUGCAGAAACAAAAAUUAAAAGAUCUUGAUGUUUGUAGAAAAAAAAUAGCUGAUUAUUUAUUUGUACUCUUUAGUUUUGAUGUAAAUAAAGUAAAUAUGUUUAAAGGA